AUGCGGGCGCUGUACAAGGGCGAGCUCGUCGACGGGAUCCGGCAGGGCAAAGGCGAGCUGGCCUUCGUGAACGGGGACAAGUACGAAGGGGACUUCCUCCAGGGCUACAGACACGGGCGCGGAGUUUUCACUUCUCACCACGGCAAGCGCGUGUACGACGGCGAGUGGCAUCGAAGUGAGAAGCACGGUGCGGGUAAAGAGAGGUGGCUCGAUAGCGGCGACCGGUACGAAGGCGAGUACCAGCACGAUCUCUUCCACGGCAAAGGCGUCCUCACGCGCGGCUCCAACAAGAGCAAGUACGACGGGGAGUUCCAGAAGGGGCGUCGCCAUGGAUACGGCCGAAUGGAGUUCGCAGUCGCCAUGAACUCCGUCGCCUCAUCCGGUGCACUCAAGAAGCUCAUCGGGGCUGCGAUCGCCAGUGGAGCUGCAGGCCAGCAGCUCUCAGCAGGAGUCGCAGUCUACGUCGGGUCUUGGAAGGACGGCAGGAUGAACGGCGAGGGCAAAUACACGCGUCCGGACGGCAGCUUCUACGAAGGAACUUGGCGCGACGGACUGGCCCACGGCUUCGGCAAGGAGCUCGUCAUGGGCACCAUGGAGGUGUACGAGGGCACUUGGCACGCUGGACUUCGCCACGGAGACGGCGCCGUCACGCGCAACGGGACUCGCCGCAAAGGGAUCUGGGAAAUGGGGCAACGCGUGAAGUGGACUACAGCCGAAGUCGCCUUCCCAAAAAGUUGA